AAGAAAGGUUCUUGGAAUUGCCUUGCUCACACCAAUUGCAUCUACAACUCUUUGCAUACAACAAUUUAAGGAUAAUAGUCUUUCCAAAUGGAGUCUGGAAUUGUCAAACCGCACAUCGAUGUUGAAAAAUUGGAACGCUUCAAUGGGCUGAAUUACAAGCGGUGGAGCAUGAAGAUUUAUUAUCAAAUCACUGUUUUGAAGGCCAUGACAAAUUCUCUCUUCAAUGCUUUUCACAAACACUCCACUGCUCUUGAGUUAUGGCAUGCAGUAGAACAAAGGUAUGUGAAUGAGGAUGCUGGCAACAAAUCUUUCCUUGUCAACAAAUAUAUUGAUUUUAAGAUGAGUGAUUCCAAGCCUGUCAUUGAUCAAGUCAAUGAAUUAAAUGAUAUUGCAACGGAAUGUGCUGAUGCCGGUGAACCAAUUUCUGAGACCUUUCAAGUGUCUACCAUAAUUGGUAAAUUACCACCUUCGUGGAAGGAUUAUCAAAAAUUCCUUAAACACAAGAAAAGGUCUUUGAAAGUGGAUGAAUUGAUGAAGCACAUCCAAAUUGAAUAUGAGGCUCGAAAAAGGGAUGGUCAAGACAAGAGUGAUAAUGUGAAUGCUUUGGAGGGGCCAGCAUCUUUUUCCAAGAAACCCAAUCACAAGUUCAAGACAGGACAAAAAGGGUCUUUUUCAAUGAAAGGCAAAAAUGGCAAGACUUGGCAACUUUCAAAAAGAAGAAAGGACCAUGCUUUGUAUGUGGAAAAUUGGGGCAUGUUGCUAUGCAAUGCUACCACCGUAAAGAAUUGGUGGCUUGAUUCAGGAGCAACAUGUCAUGUGACUCCAUUUAAAAGUUCUUUCAAGACAUAUGAAGAAUUGAAUGGAGAAAAAUCUGUCUUCAUGGGAAACUCUUCCACAUGUGCAGUUGUUGGUAAAGGGACAGUGAAACUUUCCUUGACUUCUGGAAAAGUUCUUACUUUGCAAGAUGUGUAUCAUAUUCCAGAACAUGGUAUUCUUAGAGAAUUUUCAGCCCCUAAUUUACCUCCACAAAAUGGAGUUGCUGAAAGGAAGAAUAGAACUUUGAUGGAGAUGCUUGAUAAUAGUCACAUGGGUGAUGGCUUGCGUGAAAAUGCUUCCAACCAAAAAGGUGAAAGCAAUGCUUCCAACCAAAAAGUUGAAAGCAAUUCUAGUCACAUGGGUCAUGUCCCCAACCGAGAAUAUGAGAACAAAAUGAAGGAGGAACCGGCAUUAAGAAGAAGUAAAAGACAAAGAAUUGAAAAGGAUCUUGGUCCUGGUAUGUUUACAUACUCUUUGGAAGAGGACCCAAGAAAUUUUAACGAAGCCACGGCCUUACCAGAUGCUUCCUUAUGGAAAAAAGCCAUGGAUGAUGAGAUAAAGUCUAUUCAUGAUAAUUAUACAUGGAUUUUGGUUGAUCUUCCUCCUAAUACUAAACCUAUUGGCUGCAAGUGGGUUUUGAGAAAGAAAUUAAAAAUAGAUGGAAGUAUUGAUAAAUAUAAAGCAAGAUUAGUAGCCAAAGGGUUUAGUCAAAAAGAAGGGUUGGAUUAUUUUGAGACAUUUUCUCCAGUGACUAGAUUUACUUCUAUUAGAAUUCUGUUUGCCAUUGCAUCCAUUUAUAAUCUUGAGGUACAUCAAAUGGACUUGAAGACAGCUUUUUUGAAUGGAGAACUUGAUGAGAAAAUCUACAUUCAUCAACCCAAGGGAUACAUAGUGCAAGGUCAAGAGGAUAAGGCCUGAUAUUGCAUGUGCUGUUGGAAUUUUGAGUAGAUUUACUAGUAAUCCUAGUAUUGAACAUUGGAAUGAGAUUAGUAGAGUUAUGAGAUAUUUGAAAUAUACUUUGCAAUUUAGC